AUGCGAAGCGAUGAUCGCGACACUUUGUGCCGUUUCAUCGGAUUGUGUUUGGAUGCUCCAGAGAUGAUGUCUGUGUGGAGAUACUGUUCCCGUGGAUCGCUCAAAGAUGUAAUUGAGAAAGGCUCGCUUCAAAUGGACUGGUUUUUCAAGUAUUCUCUGAUAAAAGAUAUCAUAGAGGGUAUCAUAUAUAUCCACCAAACCUACGGUCCACAUGGUUGGCUUAGUUCCGGCACUUGUCUAGUAGAUGAAAGGUGGCAGGUGAAGAUAACGUAUUACGGCUUAGACACCAUCAAGGCUUUGGAAGUCAAGGAGCCCAAAUAUCUGCUUUGGACAGCACCAGAACACAUUCGGGACCCUGUUUUGCCACCAACUAAGGAAGGUGACAUAUACAGUUUCGCCAUCAUCUGUUCCGAAAUUAUUACGAAAAAGUCGGCAUGGGAUCUCGAAAAUCAGGAUUAUGACAUGGACGAACUAAUUUAUAAAAUCAAACGUGGAGGUCGAUCGCCAAUCCGACCGUCACUGGAGACUGAUGAUGAGCACAAUGCGAGCCUUUCACUGCUAGUUCGUGAUUGUUGGAAUGAAGAAAUCGACGAGCGUCCAUCUGGUAGUCAAGUCAGAACGCUCAUCAAAGGGCUCAACACGAAUAAGUAA